GAGGGUGUGGCAGCUCGUGGGGCUGGAGGCAGGCGUACAGCAGCUGGAGCCGCCACGAGUUACGCACUCCGAGCAUGUCCAGGGGGUCCCCGCCUACCAGAGGAGGGGCAGUGGGGGCGCCCCGCUCGACUACAAUAAAAGGAAGCGCGGGCUGCCCCGGCUCUCACAUUCAGGCCGAGAAGCCGAGGCGCUUGAUUCUGAGGAGCCGGGCGGCUGCAACUUUACGUUGGGGCGCGAAAGGAGUCCAGCUCUGCAGCAGCAGCGUCCCUUCCACCCAGGCUUGGCGAACCGCGAGCCAUUCAGCUGGGGGCUCAGUCACUCCGCGAGACCCGGGCUCAGGCGCUGUUGCCGUGUCAGUGAACCCCCUCAGACUCGCCAAGCAGGUCUCUGGGCCGCCUUUUCUCCCGGACUGCGAGCGCAACAUGCAAGGGACGGCGGCGCGCCUGGCGCUAAGAGCGCUGCUCCUCUGCUUGGCCGCUCGGGGCAGCCCGCUGCUAGAGGAACAACUAGUCGUGCCCGUGAGGCUGGACUCUCCCGGGCAGGAGCCGGCUGAGGAGCGGCUCUACCGCCUGGACUCCUUUGGCCAGCGCUUCAGUUUGGCACUGCAACCCGAUAGCAGCUUUUUGGCGCCGGACUUGACGCUGCAGUACGUGGGCGGCCGCCCCCAGACGUGGGAGGAGGCGGAGGCGCCCGAGCAAGCCGGACGCGCCGACCCGUCCACUUGCUUCUACUCGGGCACCGUCAACAGCGACCCGGUUUCUGCGGCCGCCCUCAGCCUCUGCGGAGGGAUCCGCGGCGCUUUCUAUCUGCGCGGAGUUGAGUACUUCAUCCAGCCUGCCAACGCCUCGCACGCGCAAGGAGGACUCCAGCUCCACGUUCUGCGGCGCCGCCUGCAGAGGAAUCCCCGCCAGGGCAGCAGCGCUAAAUGUGGCGUGACGGACAGCAUCUUCCCUCAGUUCGUAGACGUCCAGCAGCCGCAACGCGUGUUGCGUGCAGGACACGGGAGUACAAGGAAAAAAAGAUUUGUGUCAAGCCCUCGCUAUGUGGAAACCUUACUCGUAGCAGACCAAUCUAUGGCAGAAUUUCAUGGCAGUGGGCUGAAACACUAUCUCCUGACACUCAUGUCUGUGGCAGCCAAGUUGUACAAGCACCCUAGCAUCCGGAACUCCAUCAGCCUGGUGGUGGUGAAAAUCAUGGUCAUUUAUGAUGAGCAGAAAGGACCGGAUAUAUCCUCAAAUGCUGCCCUAACCUUAAGAAAUUUCUGCAACUGGCAGAAGCAGCACAAUCCUCCCAGUGACCGGCAUUCCGAGCACUAUGACACUGCAAUUCUUUUCACCAGACAGGAUUUGUGUGGUGCUAAGACAUGUGAUACUCUUGGGAUGGCUGAUGUGGGAACAGUUUGUGAUCCAAAUCGUAGUUGCUCUGUCAUAGAAGAUGAUGGCCUGCAAGCUGCCUUUACAACCACUCAUGAGCUAGGACAUGUAUUUAAUAUGCCUCAUGACGAUGCAAAACAGUGUGCCAGUGUUAAUGGUAUAAGCAGGGAUUACCACAUGAUGGCAUCUAUGCUUUCCAAUUUGGAUCGAAGCCAGCCUUGGUCUCCAUGCAGUGCUUAUAUGAUUACUACAUUUUUGGACAACCGUCAUGGUGAGUGUUUGCUGGACAAACCUCACAAACCUAUACAGCUCCCCUCCGACUUACCUGGAACAGUGUAUGAUGCCAACAGACAGUGCCAAUUCACAUUUGGAGAGGAGUCCAAACAUUGUCCUGAUGCAGCCAGCACGUGUACGACCUUGUGGUGUACUGGAACCUCUGGAGGAAUGCUUGUAUGCCAAACCAAACAUUUUCCUUGGGCAGAUGGUACCAGCUGUGGAGAGGGGAAGUGGUGUGUGAAUGGCAAGUGUGUAGACAAGAAACAUUAUGAUGUUCCUGUCCAUGGAGCUUGGGGACCUUGGGGACAGUGGGGAGAGUGUUCAAGGACAUGUGGUGGAGGAGUCCAGUAUUCUAUGAGGGAGUGUGACAGUCCAGUUCCAAAGAGUGGAGGAAAAUACUGUGAAGGGAAACGGGUGCAGUACAGAUCUUGUAACAUUGAAGACUGCCCAGACAGCAAUGGCAAAACCUUCAGGGAGGAACAGUGUGAAACUCACAAUGAUAUUUCCAAAUCUCAUUUUGGGAGUGGUCCUGCAGUGGAAUGGACACCCAAGUUUGCUGGCGUCUCUCCCAAAGACAGAUGCAAGCUUGUCUGCCUUGCAAAAGGCACUGGCUAUUUCUUUGUUCUUCAGCCAAAGGUGAUAGAUGGAACCUUAUGUAGCCCAGAUACCACUUCAGUCUGUGUCCAAGGGCAAUGUGUAAAAGCUGGAUGUGAUCGCAUCAUUGGCUCCAAUAAGAAGUUUGAUAAAUGUGGUGUUUGUGGAGGCAAUGGCUCUACAUGCAAGAAAGUAUCUGGCAUGCUUUCGAGUUCCAGCCGUGGUUACCAUGAUAUUCUUGUAAUUCCUGCUGGGGCAACAAACAUAGACAUUAAACAACGGAAUCACAGGGGCACAAGACAGGAUGGCAGCUUCCUAGCUAUUAAAGCUGCUGAUGGCACCUACAUUCUUAAUGGCGACUACACACUGUCAACAUUAGAGCAAGACAUUACUCAUAAAGGCAAUGUUUUGAGGUACAGUGGCUCAUCGGCCUUUUUGGAAAGAAUCCGCAGUUUCAGUCCACUGAGGGAAUCUUUAACAAUACAAGUCCUGACUGUGGGUGAAUUGCCACGUCCUAAAAUAAAAUAUACAUACUUUGUGAAGAAACCAGUACAAUCCGGGCCUGAGAAGCCUUCUAGUAAAAAGACUGACUCUUUCAAUGCAAUCAAAGAGACAAUUUUAUCUGAAUGGGUUAUUGAAGAAUGGAGAGAAUGUUCAAAGUCAUGUGGAACUGGUUGGCAGAGGAGAUCUGUAGAAUGUAGAGACCUCAAUGGACAGCCCUCAGCAGACUGUGCAAGAGAACUCAAGCCAAUUGAUAUCCGGCCGUGUGCAGACACUCCAUGCCCACGGUGGCAGCUAGGAGACUGGUUACCAUGUUCUAAGACAUGUGAGAAAGGUUUCAGGAAGAGAUCGUUAAAAUGUGUUUCAUUUGAUGGCAUCACACUGACACAUGAAAGCUGUGACCUCUUAAAGAAACCUAAACAUUUAAUAGACUUCUGCAAUGUUAAAAAAUGCAGCUAAACCAUUGUCUUUUAUGCAUGCACAGCGGUCAGACCUGGUGGUGGGAUAUCAUCCAUAAUACAGAAGAACAACCCUCUCCCCCUUUUUUCUUUUUGCACUGAGAUUCUAGCAUUACUUUGCAGUUACAAUUUGAGGCAGCAGUUCAAAAAUAUCUCAGCCUCUAUUUCUACUAUUAAGAACUACCAACCCAGAAUGGAAGCCUAAACAACUCCUAGAGCAGACACCAUUGUCUGAAGGAAUAGAAACAAGUAGCCCACCCAGAAACACAAACAACCACAUUUUUCAGCUGUAUUAGAGUUGCAGUAACACAAUUGUUACUGCAGCAGUCCUUUGUCAGUUUCCUCCUAACUGUAGCCACAGUGUAUCUUCAGCUUAACAUUGCAUUACUAAUUCAAUAUGAAAUUGACAAAGAUGAUAAAAUCAAUCUGGUUUGUGUAUGUGCCCUAAUGUUACAUCACAAAUGCAAUAUGACUAACAGACCAAUCCGGAGUGGUUGGGCUGGUAGAGAUAGUGCCACUCUGGCGCUGCCCCCUCCAGAGGGCUUUCCUUCAGGAUAGGAAACCCUUAAAAGUUUUUUUAAGGCAAAACUCCCCCAUAGGGAGUAAUAGAAAUAAAUCAUGCAAAUUGUGGCAUAUCUCCACUGGAUUAAGUGGGUCAACAGGGCUCUUUAAGUCAACUAAGGUCAGCCCCACCCCUGACUCCCACUGACACACCAGUGCAUUUUGCGACAGUCAGCUUCCAGGUCAGAGCUGUAUGGCAUUUGGCCACCUGGGGCACGUUGCCCCUUCUUUGGCACAUUUUCCCCUUACACCAGCAGAAAGGCAGUUUCCGCUGGUGCAGAGAUGCACACAUUCCAGGGGAGAAUUUGGGCCUCUCCUGGAUUGGGCUGAAAGAAUCCUUUUGAAAACUGAGGGGAAGGAGAAAAUAGCUGGCGGGGGGGGGGGGGGGGGGGAUUGGGUGAUUACACACGGGUAUGAAUAAAAGCCAAGUGUUUAGUGGGGUGGAGAAGUAAAGACUUUCAACAGCUCAAGGGAAGCUGGCUCAGAAAUGAAUGAAAAAACAUUGUGGCAAAAGUGCUUGGGAAAACAAUGGAGGAAAUAUGAAAGGAAAACAAUUCCAAACCCAAAUGAAGGAAAAAGCAUCCAGAAUUAAAAGGAAAGGAUAAGUUGUAAAUAACUUGUGCAGAAAAGUCCUGUGAAACAUUGAAAAAGCUAAUGAUGUAUGUUUCAGACCUAAGCGCCGAAAAGGAGGGUGAAUAUAUCAAUCGUGUAAUUUUCAUUGCAGAAUUCACAAUGGAGAAUUUACUGAGAUGCAGCAUUGCAAAUAGUGUUGUAUGGGGUGGGGAGAGGGGAGUUUGUCAACUGAAAACCUGAUAAAACAGAGACCUAAUGUUACUAGCUAUUUCAUCUUCAGCACAUAAACCCCAAGGCAUUACAAUUUCCUCUUUUAAGUCUGUUACAAGUUAAACAAAACAUAGGCAGUGGCCAAAGCAAGUUUAAACAAACAUUUCGUCUUUUUUUUCCCUUGUGUUGCUGUACUGACCAAAAAUCUUGUUUCCUCAGUCAAAGUUGGGAAUGAGAAUGAUAAUUUUUUUUCUAAGCUUAAUUAUUUGUCAGGUAUUGCCUACCUCACAAAGAGCAAAAAACAAACUUUCAGUAUUUGAGAAAAACCUUCAACUAUAUUGCUCAUGGCUGCUAUUAUUUUAGAUAAUACUUUUUUAUAUAAACAGAAAGCCAUAUUUCUGCCUGUAAAUAAGCAAGUACAAAAAUGGCUGUUUGUUAAAUUUCCUGAUGACCAGAAUGUAGUGCACUUUUAAAGUUUCUUGAUUUCACUGAGGUGAUUUUCCCCCUUGCAGUCAGCCUGCAGAGCUGGGAUCAUAACAGUUCCAACAAUGCAUACCAAUCUCCUUGGUUCAGAUGUGCUACUUUUUCUGUCUGCAGUUCGCACUCCUACCAAGUACUUAAAUCAAUUUUAACUUGGGAGGAUAUCUUUGUUUUUGAGUAAAUUAUAACAGAAUUUCUUGGUGGAAGUGUGGUUCUACCAUGCUGCCAUUUUGAUUUAGGGUAAUGGUCAGAUCUCUAAGAUACAAUUUACAGUGUAUAGGCCAACAGUAUCACACUUGCUGCUGCAAACAUAUAAUGUCAUUAUGAAUAAGAAGUCUUUAAUAUAAGGCACCUGGUGUUUUUACACUUCUAAGACAGGGAAGACUUAGCUGAAGGAUAGCAGGUCCAUCCACAGCAAUAUGCCAAUAUGUGUGUAUUUAAAAGUUUGUGCCAGUCCAUGGACUCAGAAAAUAUGGCUCUCUAUAUGUACAUAGUAAAUAUAACUAUAGAUGAUACAUACUUUAAAAGUAUUUAUAUUAUAUCUCUUCUGUGAAGGGUUGUAAUUGUAAUAAAUGCAUAUAUUGAACCUA